AUGAGUCUUCUCAAAGAGCGAAAACCAAAAAAGCCGCAUUACAUCCCAAGGCCUCCAGGAAAGCCCUUUAAGUAUAAAUGUUUCCAGUGUCCUUUCACUUGCAAUGAAAAGUCACACCUUUUCAACCACAUGAAGUACGGUCUCUGCAAAAACUCCAUCACUUUAGUGUCAGAGCAGGACCGCGUCCCUAAGUGCCCCAAAUCCAACUCUCUGGACCCUAAGCAAACCAAUCAGCCAGAUGCCGCAGCAAAGCCCACCUCCGCCAAGCCUGUCGCAAACGGGCUCCCACACUUUGAUGCCAAGCUCCAGCAAAGCCUUGCCAAGGACGACGCAAAGGAAAACGUGGAACUGCAGGCACGUGGGCCCCACAGGUGCUCAGGACAGAAGCCUGCUCUCCACGAGGAAGCAGCACCCCUGAGUCCAGCUUCAGAAGCCAGCAGGGGCACCCAGCCCAUUCUGGAAGGCAUUGUGCGGCCCUCGGCAUUUGUCCCGGUGGGAGAGCACAGACUGAAAGGGCCAGAACACGCUGAGGCUCCCGAAGGGCUGGCACUGCCCAACCCCACAGCCAAAGCCCCCUCCUUCCACACCAAGUCUGCAUUCCAUGCUCCCAGCUACCCAUGGAAAGCUGGCUCGCCUUUCCUCCCGCCUGAGUUCCCACACAAAAUCCCUUCUACAAAGGGGUUUAGUGCUAUUUCCCCUUAUGUGCACCCUGCGAUCCCAGAGUACUCGCCGCACUUUUACACAGAGCAUGGACUGGCCACUAUCUACUCACCCUACCUGCUUUCUGGGAACUCACCCGAGUGUGAUGCCCCCCUGCUGUCCGUCUACGGGGCCCAAGACCACAGGCACUUGCUGCCUCCCCCGGGGCCAGUCCCGAAGCACCUGAACCCCCCCUCGGCAUAUGACCAUUACAGGUUCUUUCAGCAGUACCAUUCCAACCUGCCAAUCCCUUAUGGGUUUUACAGACCAGAGUCUGCGUUCUCCUCCUACGGUCUCAGACUCCCACCCGUCUCGGGUAUUUCCAGAGAUCAAAGCUCCCACCUACUGGAAGAAGCUGCCCUGCUCUACCCGGCCUUGAGUCCGUCCAAGUCAAGUCCUUCCAGCACCCACAAAAAACACACCGAGUUUGAGAAGGAGAGCCCAACUCCCGAUGCUAAAGAUUCCUCCAAAGAUGAGCAGAGGGACACAGAGGGAACCAAAAUGAGCCCUCGAGCAGGCAGCGCAGCCACAGGCUCCCCAGGAAGGCCGAGUCCCACCAACUUCACACAGACAAGUCAGCCAUGUGCCGGGCUGUGCGGCCUCUCAGACAAGCCAGCCUCCAUCUCCCUGGGAAGGCUCCAUCAGCCCGAACACAGCCCGACAGCCUUCAAGCCUGUCAAGAAAAGCACCGAGUGCCCACAUUCCCAAGCUCUGGAAAACAGAGACGAGUCUCCAAAAAGUCUUGACGCCAUGAACAGAGAUGCUCCAGCUGAGACAGGAAGUGCCUCUCAUGGCACAGAGGCCACCCCUUCCCGCCCAGAGGAUGGCUCCAGGACAGCUCCGCUGAACCUCUCCAAGAAACCUGAGGUUAAACCAGCCACGCACAGCCCUGUGUACAAGGACUUUGCAGAGCUGCAGGACAUGCCUCUUAAUCUCUCGGUGAAAGACCCCUGCAAUGCCCUGACUCCGAGACCCUCCUUCCACAACCCACUGCAAGAGGCAGGACCUGCCACCACAGCUGCUCAGAACACUGAGAUGGAAAGUUCCGAAGAUGGGCCAGACCACACUCAGACAAACCAAAAUGGCCUUGACACUGGUGAGGUGCCAUCAACAACCCAUACCGUGAAGGCCCGGGACAUGAGAGCGGUGGACAGCAGCGAUGAGCAGAAGCAGACGGCGGCUGUGGCCCUCUGCCAACUGGCAGCCUACAGCCCGGGGAACGUCCGGGUGGGCGAUGGGGAGCCCAUGGCCCCGAAGUCCACCUGCCAACAUGAUGCACCCACUCUCAGUGCCACGGAAAGCCAGGAGGCUCAAUGUGACCUCAGACCCAGAGGGCAAAAGAGGACAAGUCCAAGGGAUGCAGGGAAGUCCCAGCAAGGAACUAAGAAGACGAAGCAGAGUGACACAGCCAGAGUGUUCACUCUUCGGAAAAGAACACGGGUGUCCUAG